GCACCCUUCCUGGAGCACAGUUUAAUUACAGACAAUGCAGAGCUGCAUUCAUACGCACUAUGAUGAACUUCACCUCGAUAACAACUUUAAUUAUCUGCAGCAUCAGCUGGAUCUCUGUCUCAGCUUCUGAGUCUCAGACUGUGGAGGUCCAGCCUGGUAAAGAAGCCACGCUGCUUUGUACCAACGUUUCCAAAAGUACAGGGGUGGCAACCUGGUUCAGACUGGUCAACAGAUCCAUGGCCAGCUGUAUCUCCACUAUGACCAGCUCUGCCAGCAACCCUUUCUACUGUGAUGGAUUUUCAAAUAAAACAUUUGAAAUGAGCUCCAACACCUCCACUGUCUCUCUUAAAAUUAAGACAGUGGAUUUUUCUGACUCUGGGCUGUAUUUCUGCGGAUUUUACACAGCGGGACGGACAAUUUUAAGUGUGACACAUUUAAAUGUUGAAGGCAGUGAUGAAUCUCAUGAAGACGUUGACAGAAAGUCUAAAACAGAGUGUGACAGAAUAACAAUGUUGAUGAGUGUGAUCCUGGGCGGUCUGACUGUUUUCCUCGUAAUGGUCGUCGUUGGUCUGGUUGUUAAAAACAGGAAACUUCAGAAAGCUGCCAGUGAAGAACAGAAUACCCAACAGCAUGAGAAUCUGGGCUCUGAUGAGCUGAACUACGCAGCAGUGAAUUUCUGUCCAAAAGGAAGAAGAAGAGAAGUGGAGCCGAAUGUUGUGUAUUCUGCUACUAGAUAGGCUCAGGAGGCAACAAGGAAUGCUGUUCAGAAUGGAACUGAUGCUUUAUCAUAUUAAUCUGCAGUUGUGCUUUUGUGUGUGUGGUGGACAGGAGGACUUAUCGUCAGUUUGUUAAAAAAAAUGUCAAAAUAAAAUGUGUAGUCUUCUUCCUAGUGCUGAGUUUUAAUUAUUAUCCCUCUUUUAAAGACAUAAUUAGAGUACAUCAAUACAGAAAGUGGAUAUUUUAAAUGCUGACUUAAUAGACUGUGUGUCUAUACUGGUAUGGGGAAGAAAAAUACAGCAGCCAUCCAGUUCUAGCCCCUGGUUGUGUUUUUUAAAAUGAACAUGUAUGUGUGGUAAGAAAACUGAAUCAGCCUAAAGACAAGUCUCAACCACAGGAAGACUGGCCUUCAGCUUGGUUUUGUUUUCACCAGUGUGUUUCUUUCACGA